UCGAGCCGAGCACAGGCCAUCGCCGCCACUUUGCCGCCUCCGCGUAAAUUCGCGCUUCGUCGCGCAUCUUCAAACAUUCAUUCAAACAGUGAUUGCCUAAUAUGAAGAAAACACUUUGAAGCAUAAACAAUUCACAAUUAAAAUUAAACUUCAAUUUUAUCCUUAGAGAAAAAAAGUGUGAACAAUGAUUUUAAUAAAAAUUAAAUUUAAAAAUAAUUAGUGUGUAAUAUCUAGUAUUUAUUAAUAUUAAUAUUACUCUAGAGUGUUUGAUGUAAAGUGUGUGUGAAAAUGUUAGUGUUGCAUUCGGUUGUCAAUUGGUUCUACACCAAACUACACUAAAAAGAGGCUUCCCUGCGUGCCAUGGAUUAGCGUGAUACACACAUACACGCCGCACCGAAAAAAAAAUAAAACCAGCGACUCAUCGAAAUGGAAAUUGAAGAUUACGAAGUAUCCACCGAUUAUUCCCUGCUGGUGAACAGCUCCACCGUAUUCCCACCGGAGGAGGAUGGGUUCGAGCCGAACACGCUGGGGGAUCCUAGCCAUGUCACCAUGAUGUCAAUAUUAUUAGUCGGAAUAUUUCUAUCCGUGUUAAUCUUCCUGUCGGUGGCCGGUAACAUCCUCGUAUGUGUCGCCAUCUACACAGACCGAGGCCUGCGCCGCAUCGGCAAUUUAUUCUUAGCCUCGCUGGCGAUCGCCGACCUGUUCGUCGCGUCGCUGGUGAUGACGUUCGCCGGCGUUAACGAUCUGCUAGGAUACUGGAUAUUCGGCGCUGAGUUUUGCGACACGUGGGUCGCCUUCGAUGUGAUGUGCUCGACAGCGUCAAUACUCAACUUGUGUGCGAUCUCAUUGGAUCGAUAUAUUCACAUUAAGGAUCCUUUAAGGUACGGUAGAUGGGUGACGAGACGCGUCGCCGUUGGCUCCAUUGCGACGAUCUGGCUGGCAUCGGCGCUGAUUUCGUUCGUGCCGAUUUCGCUCGGCUUGCAUCGACCGCCACAACCGACCGUUUACCACGCCGGCGGGCAGAACUAUCCCACUUGCGCCCUGGACUUGACGCCGACCUACGCUGUCGUCUCCAGUUGCAUCUCCUUCUAUGUACCUUGCAUCGUCAUGUUAGGAAUCUACUGUCGGUUGUACUGCUACGCACAGAAGCACGUGAAGAAUAUUCGUGCAAUCACGCGCCCUAUUGAAAUCCCACCCGGAACCAGCCGAAGGAAAACGAUGAAAUUGAAGAAAGCGAAUAAAGCUCUGCAUAUUCAUCUGCACAGUCAUCACAGCUCGCCGUAUCACGUGAGCGAUCACAAGGCGGCCAUUACUGUCGGUAUAAUCAUGGGCGUGUUUCUUAUUUGCUGGGUGCCGUUCUUUUGCAUUAACAUUGUCGCUGCUUUCUGCAAAACAUGCAUCCCAGACAUAACCUUCAAGAUACUCACGUGGCUCGGCUAUUCCAAUUCAGCAUUCAAUCCAAUCAUCUACUCCAUCUUCAACACUGAAUUUCGUGAGGCGUUCAAACGCAUUUUAACUACGCAUUAUCCCGACUGGUGUCGCUGCGGGUAUCAGUCUGUGUCACUGAAGACCAACGACAAGUUCAUCACCGACUACGGCACGAAAACCGUCAUUGUCAAUACGCGUCGCAAUGGCUCCUUUGGCGAAUUCUCCAGUGAACAUCUGAGUGCUGAAUCAGUACGGCAGACGCGCGUGAAUUCAGCGGAAAAGGACCUCAACGAGGACGUCAGCGCUAUUUGACAGGAUGGCGGCGACUUUAACGACACUAUGGUUUAAAUACAAAAACUGCAAAACUUUGGCGUGAGGUAUUUAGAAACAAACAAAUUUUAAACGGGCUGUGCGUUAAACACGUUAACAUAAGUUAUUUAAUCUCCAUCUGCAGCUGGAACUGCGUUUUAAACUAUAGAGUUUAUUGUGUCGCGUGGUUUUUUGAAUGGUGUGCAUGACUUAUUGCUCAACUUUAAGCUCUCUCAUAAAUUCAUCGUGCGCAAGCUGUAGAAGUGCGCAGUAAGGACAAUUUAUUGCGACUUGAUAUAUACGUUUAUAGCUUGUUCAUUGACGAUAUGAUAUGUUAUAUUUUAUUCUCCUUAUCGUGUUACUACUUUUAUUGCGGAUGUUAAGUUUGAUGUUUUAUUCAAAGAUAAUUUGUUUAGAAAUUUUAUCUUUUGACAUAAACAUGGUUAGAAUAUUUAAAAUAAUGUUGAAAACAGAAUAUUUAAAUUAAUUUUUAUUUUUUUAUGUAAAUUUUGUUUUUGAACAUUUUAAUUUAAUUUUCUCUUUAAAUUUCCACAAAAGAGUUAAUUACUUUUGUAUUUUUUGUAGAAUAUUCCACAUUUUAUUUAAAUUUACACUGUUUUCAAUUAAAAACGAAAUCAAUUCCACGCAAUCAUCUAAUGACAAAAUGACAAUUGCGAAGCUUAAACAAACAGCAAUUUAAAUUAUUAUUUUGUGUUCACAUUCGCAGUGAGAGCGCUCGACGCGCUUCAAUUGCCCGUUAACUCUGCAACAAUAUUCAUUCAUUAAUUAUACAGCGAAUUAUACCUAUAUACAGUAGAUGCAGUCAUUAUCGGACGGGGAUGUCGGGGUAUAAAUCACUCGAUCAUGGAACGAAUGCAAAUUGUUUAUCGAAAUUAAAUUUCCGUUUGUGCACGGCGUUAUUGCGCAGUUACAUCGUUUUUGUCAUAGUCAUUUGCUUCAUUAUACAAAUGGGAAUAAUUUCACACUAUCAUAACAAAAGGAAAUGUAAUAUCACUGUUAUUAACAGGAACUUUCAUAACUAGCUGUCCGGGUUAAUUAAUCACUUGAUUUUAUUAAGUUAUGGUACAAAAUAUUUAAAAAAAACAUGUGCGCAUGCGCAAGAAUUAUGACAUUUUCUAACUGAACUGUCAAAAAAUUUGACAGAAUUUGUACAUGUCAAAUGACAUAACCAUUUUUUUCAUCUUUUUAAAUUUUUUUCUAAAUUUUUUUCAAUUUUUUGUUAUUUUAAGCAAAGAUAAAUCAAAUUUAGACGUUAUUUUAUUAAAUUUUAUGCCUAAUACAGCAUAUCAUAACAUAUCAAUACACCACAGUCACUAACCUCAAAAAUUUUACUUCAUAUUUUAUUAAUUUGUAUAAAAUAAUCGCAAAUGUAAAUAACGACCAUUGUAAAUAUUUACUCAUAUACAUAAAAAAUGUUAGCUCUAUUUGAUGGAACGACUAAGAAAAAGAAUCACAGGGUUUACUUACGAAAACAUAAAUUAAUAUGAAACCAAAUAACGAUGCUGUCAAUGUAAAUAUAAACUAAAUCAUAAAACACUAAUCAAAUAGCUGCAAACGUUGUAUUGAUUGGCAUACUUACUAGCAAUUAAGAACAAUCAAAUGUUACAUAUCUGAAAAGUCUAUAAUCCAAUGAAGUCCGUACUUUAAGUUCAACGCUGACCUAGAUGCAGAAGAACAAUGUUUAAACUAAUGUAAAUGUUAAUUUUUUUAACUUAUUGACCGUGUAUGAGCGUGAAUGCAACCACUAUUUGUAUUUGUAUAUAAAUGUUCAUUGUGUAAGAGAUAUAGCAAAAUAUUUGACAUGUUUUUUCACUUGUUGAGCGUUAAGUUUCUAAGUUUUAACAUCAUUUCGUAUUUAUUGUGUACAUAUACUUCAGAUUAGAGUCUAUUCUUUAUAAAUAUGUGUGAUAACUAACCAAUGUGUAUAUUAACAUGAAAUUACUUAAAAGAAAUAACAACUGGUACGUGUGUUGAGGUGCGAUGGAUAGAAAAUGUACUAAAAUUAUAAAAUUAUGAAUGUUUUAUACCCUCCAAAGCAAAGACAAACAAAAACAAAUUAUGAUAUAAUAUUAUAAGACAGAAAACUAUUGAAUGUCAAAGCGUAGAUGUAAAUAUGAUACAAUGAUGAUGCAAUAAAGAAAAACAUGUAAAUUUUA